AUGUACGAGUAUCUCAUGUACUGGCUCUCGUGGCAAGUCUUUACGGAAAACUCGGUUCAAUUCGUUGCGCGGACGGACAUUCAGGGCGCUUGGGCGUGGAGGCGUCGCCGUGAUGAUGAGGAUGAAGAUGAGCAACAAGUCGAUUCAGACGAUUCAGACGGGAAUAAAAUGAUCAACUUUGACAGAUACUGGGCGAGGACUGGCGAACGGACCAGGCUUAGGCCGGUGCACUUUAUCCACGAGACCCAAUCUCCUCAAGCGGAGCAACCACCCGCUCACACUCACCCGCAGGACGAACGGCCGUGA